CCCCCCCCCCCCCCCCACGAUGGCUCUCCGUCAAUUCUCGCGCCGCGUCGCCGCGCCGAUGCUCAACCUCCGCGCCGCCGCGCCCGCGAUGAACGCGCGAGCCAUGAGCACCGUGAUCGAGGGGCUCAAAUACAUGCAGUCGCACGAGUGGGCGAAAGUCGACGGCGACGUCGCGACGAUCGGGAUCACGGAUCACGCGCAGGCGGAGCUCGGCGACGUCGUCUACGUCGAGCUUCCGGAGGUUGGGAGCACGGUGACGCACAAGGAGACGUUCGGCGUCGUCGAGUCCGUCAAGGCGGCGAGCGACGUGUACUCGCCGGUGACUGGGGAGGUGAUCGCGAUCAACGAAGACCUCGCGGACGCGCCCGGGAAGGUGAACGAGGGCGCGUUCGAAGACGGGUGGAUGAUGAAGGUGAAGAUGUCGAACGCGGGGGAGCUCGAUUCGCUCAUGGACGCGGCGGCGUACGAGAAGAGCUGCGAGUGAGAAGAGAGGACGGAACGGACGCGCGGGAAGGCGCGGAGGAGGAGGAGGAGGGACGGGAGCGAGCGACGCGACGCGAUCAGAUCUUGAACUAACGGAAUAGUUUUCUUCCUGUCGGCGGCGGGUGAAAAGAAAGAGAGGCUCUUCGCGUUCG